AUGUCGUCGAGCGCCGCGGAGCAACAGCCCCAAGAGGCUUCUACUACUACACCAAAGGCCGAAGAGACUCCCGCCGCCGCGCCGGCAGAGCCUGCGCUGCCCCCGUUGUCGCCGGCCGAGUUUAAAGUGUACAACCAGAUGGCUGAGAAGAUGGAUUACUUUCACAACCACUUCCGCGCACAAUGGACAAUCCUCCACGACGCCGCGACCUCGGGCCGGCGCCCGCGCAACAUGUCCCUAAAACAAUUCAUCGACACGGGGCUGCAGUUCGCGCAGCACCUGACGGCGCACCACGGGAUCGAGGAGCGCUUCGUGUUCCCGAUGCUGGCGCGGCGCAUGCCCGAGUUCCGCGCGGGGCGCAACGCGGACGCGCUGCUGCAGCAGCACCGGGCGAUCCACAAGGGCAUGGACCAGUUCGAGGCCUACUUAAAAGCGUGCCGCGCGCGCGAGACGGAGCUGGAGCUGGGCGUGCUGCGGGAGAAGAUGGACAGCUGGGGCGAGGUGCUGUGGACGCACCUGGACCAGGAGGUCAAGACGCUGGGCGCGGAGAAUAUGAGGCGGUAUUGGACGAUGGAGGAGGUGAGGAGCAUGCCCAUGUGA